UCCAGUCUUGUUGGAUCUGUAGUCACUGGUCACAUGGACAUCCUUUUUAUAAGUUCUGAGAUGUUAGAAGUUAAUUUGUCACAGAAAACAGUAAAAUGUAGAAUUUCAAAAAAAUAGCAAUAUGUAUUUCUGAAACAUAGUUUUAAUAUAUACAUAAAUGCUGUAACUUCUGUAUAAUAUAAAUUCUGCACUACAUCUGCAAUACAUUAAGUUAUUUAUAUAGAGCUGAGUGCAUGCUUGUGAAAUGUUAUAUGUGAUAAAUGUCAAUAUGUCAUUAAUGUGUAGGAAAUUAUGUUGUUCUAUUUUAUAUGAACAUUUUGGGCAAAUUGUUCAAUGUGUAGGUGAAGAUCUGCUUAAAUAUGGUACAAAACCAUUAGGUUUAAUUCGUAGUACAACAAAACUACCAUUAUCAAAGAAAUAAUCUAAUGUUUAGAUAAAAGAAGCACUAUGUGUUUUAAUAAAAUAUGGGUUCGUUACUCAUCAAAAAAAUGAAAAGGCUGUAGAAUAUUCUUUGAGUUGUGAAAAAGUCUUAAUGGUCCUUCGUUACCCAAGAUAUAUGUUUUUUGUGAAAACAAUUUGUGGAGAUGAAAGUGAAAUGAUGUUAGAAGAAGUGUUAAAACAUGGAUACAUAACAGCUUCUGAUCUCAUAGUAAAAACAUAUAAAAGAAUUGAACAAUUACCAUCUGAUUUACAACCAUCGGUACCUGUUUUAAAAGAUAAAUUUGAAUUACUAGUUAAAACUCAGUUUUUGAUACGUAGUUUAUGCGAAGAAGCAGUUCAAGAGACAGCUUUUCUUAAAACAGACUUUACAGUACCAGAUUUAAAUUUGGCUGCUAUUGCUAGAAAGAUAGAAGGGAAUGAUAAUGUUGAUGCGGGUGACGAUAAAAUUUAUUGGAAUGUUAAUUUUGAUCGAUUUACUCAAGACCUUAGGGAUCAAAUUAUUGUAUCAGCUAUGCAGAAAAGACUGGAUGAAAAUGCAGGUGAAUUGAUGAGGCAAUUAUUAUUCCUCAUGUAUUUGAGAACAGCAUCAUGGGCGGAUACAUCCAACCCAAUUCCUCUUACCGAGAUAAAAGAUGCUGUUAAAAAACAGAAUUAUCCAUCGCUUACACAGUACAUUGACCAAUAUUUACGUCUCAUUGAGGAAGAUAGUAGUCAAUUUAUGAAGCGAGUUGGAGAUUCAGGAGGUGGCCAGUAUAGUGUUAACAUGAAGGAAGCUUUCACUCAGCUAGCAUGGACAACUUUAGAAAAUAUCGUGAUGGAACGAUUUGGCUCUAAAGCAGCGAGAAUCUUUAGGUUAGUGAAGGAUAGGAAGUAUAUUGAGCAAGAACGAAUUCAGCAGUUGGCCAUGAUUCCAGCUAAAGAAGCUAAACACCUGACGUACACAUUGUUACAAGAGAAUUAUUUACAAAUGCAGGAACUAAAGAAACCUGGGGUGUCGGCUGCACCGAUAAAAACUUUCUUUCUGUUUCAUAUAGAUUUAAAUAUGGUUGUUCGUAUGGAAAUAGAACAUUGUUACCAUGCAUUGUACAACACUAUUCAAAGACGGGAAUAUGAAGUAAGCAGAAAUAAGCGAAUGAUCGAUAAACAGUUGCGAAUGCAAACACUUACAAGUAAUUUAAAAGAACAUGGUGCUACUGAGGAACAAUUAGCCGAGAUUGCAGAGCUGAUGACACCGUCUGAGAAGCAACAAUUAGGAAAAGUUCAAAAUACAAUUAAGAAAUUAGGCAUCACUGAAUUACAGAUAGAUGAUACUCUAUUUCUACUAACAAUGUAUUUACGGUAUCAUUAAAUAAAAUUAUCUUAUAUAUAAA